ACGAACGCACGAACGCAUUUGCGCCGUCCCAAAACCGCUAAAUUGAACCCGCUCCAAAGUUGACGUGCUGAACGGAAGUAAGCUCCGUCCUCUGGUUCAAAGAAUGGAAGAAGGUAGAGGACUCAAGCGCCCUCUCAUCGGUGACGACGAUGACAAGCAUCCUCCGCAGCAGAGGAAGCCGAGGUUUCCUAAAGGAAAGAAAUCAAACGUGGAAGUCCGUCUGGGUUCUGUAGAUGGUUACGAUGGGGAUUCGAAUCUCCAGAAUGGUACUAAUUUCGCGGCGAAGGAGCGAGCCAAGCGCCGGAUUGAGAAAAGGGAGAAGGACCUCCUCGGAAGCUCGUCGGACAUUACAGUUUUUGAAGAAGAAUACGAGGAUGAUUCUAACUUUGAGGUUGAUGGCGUUGAAAUAGAACCAUUUAAUUUGCAGCAAGAGAGAGAGGAGGGAUAUUUUGAUGAAAAUGGAAACUAUGUUGAGUAUAGACAUGAGCAGGAAAUCGAGGAUGCUUGGCUGGACAGUGUUUCUGCUGACUCAAGGUUUGCAGAAAAGGUUCCAGAUAGGCAAAUUUUAGAGGAAGAAUAUGAGGACCUUUCCUUAGAAGAGAUACGAACUUUGAAGAGGAGAAUUGUCAGCAUUCUUCAGCCUGGAGAAAAUAUUAUACAUGCACUAAAACGCUUAAAAGGUGCUUCAAAUGAUAAUAGGGCAAAGAUGUCUGAGAGUACCAAGCUCAUUUUUGAUCAACUUACUGAGGAUGCUAUGAAGCUCAUGGAGAAUGGCGAGUACAAUGUUUACCACCAAGAGCGGGAGACCUUUGAACGUGAAACAGCUAGCAAGGAUGAAGAUAAAUUUGACAUGUUUGGGGAUGAUGAAGAUGAUGAUGGUAAUGGAAUUCUGCAGUCAGAGGAAGCCUCUUUGGGUUCUACUUCUGAUUCUGGUCAAACAACUCAUUCUGCAGCUGAGAGACACGAGACAUCAGAAAAUUUUGAUUCUACAAAAGCUGUAACCGGAGGAUCAGAAUCUGAUUAUGUAUAUGAUCCAUCAUCAGGUUACUAUUACAGUGACUCUCUGGGCUAUUAUUAUGACCCUACGUCGAAGCUUUAUUGCUGUGCCGCCUCAGGAAUAUGGUACUCUUUUGACGAGCAGUUGGGAACAUACCGUGAAGUCAAUAUUGCUUCAUCCCAAGAAACAUGAAGGCUGCAGGGCACGGUGUUUUUAAAUCCAUGCCACCUUUUGGAAGGCAAAUCAUACCUUAUUCAAGCUAUUGUUCAUCAGCUUCUACUAAAUCAGAACAGAGCUACACCAGUUAAUCAAACUAAAGAAAAAAAUUACCAAACACAUGUUUUUCCUCUUCCAGUUGCUCUUACGGUGACCAAUUGAAUUAAAGAAUGUCUUUUCCAAGUUACCUAAAUUCUGUGGAUCACAGAGCAAAAUUUACCCACUUUGCUUCAUAGUUUCAGGCACAUAUCUAGGUUUUUAAAUUAUACAAAUUUUUAUUAGAUUACUACCUUUGGUUGUAUAAUAGCCACUGUGUA